GGACCCUAGCGUCCUGUGCGCCCAAGUUCAGCCCUGCCCGCCUUCUCAGGGGCUUCCAUUCAUUCUGGGCCAAAAGGGAACCGCCGCCCCCUCUCCCAAACAGUUGGAGUUGCCCGGAUAGAUUGUUCCGAGGAGGCGGGCCUGGAGUGAAGGGACCGCCUGGCUGACGGCCCAGGGAUGGAGGAGAGAAGGGACAGAGGUGAACAGUUCUGGGCCUGGGAGCGUCUCGUCCCCAGGCGAGGGCCUGGGGACCCCGAAUGAAGUUUUAGUAUUUACAGAGUGACUGUCCGAGUACACGGAAUAAAAUUCUGGAGGGCGUAGCGUGAGGGUCUGGAAGCCCCAGGAUUAGGUGGGGUCUAGGUGCCCAGGACGUCUUUCUGGGAGGCGCAGAGUGUGGAGGCCCCGGCAUUUAGAUGUGGGUGCACAGGAUGGAAUCUGAGGAGCCCGGAUUAGCCCGCAGGCACUGCCCGAACCAGCCGAGCCUCCGGAGACCCGGGCCGCAGGGGCGUCGCGGGCUCGACCCCAGGAUGCUCCCCUUCGCCUCGUGCCUCCCCGGCUCCCUGCUGCUCUGGGCGCUGUUGCUGUUACUUUUGGGGGCAGCAUCUCCCCAGGAUUCGGAGGAGCCCGACAGCUACACGGAAUGCACAGAUGGCUAUGAGUGGGACCCCGACAGCCAGCACUGCCGGGAUGUCAACGAGUGCCUGACCAUCCCCGAGGCCUGCAAGGGGGAGAUGAAAUGCAUCAACCACUAUGGGGGCUACCUGUGCCUGCCCCGCUCAGCUGCUGUCAUCAAUGACCUGCAUGGCGAGGGACCGCCACCACCGGUGCCCCCUGCCGAACACCCCAACCCCUGCCUACCAGGCUAUGAACCCGACGAGCAAGAGCGCUGUGUGGAUGUGGACGAGUGUGCCCAGGCCCUACAUGACUGCCGCCCCAGCCAGGAGUGCCAUAACCUACCUGGCUCCUACCAGUGCACCUGCCCCGAUGGCUACCGCAAGAUUGGGCCUGAAUGUGUGGAUAUCGAUGAGUGCCGUUAUCGCUACUGCCAGCACCGCUGUGUCAACCUGCCCGGCUCCUUCCGCUGCCAGUGCGAGCCAGGCUUCCAGCUGGGGCCCAACAACCGCUCCUGUGUAGAUGUGAACGAAUGUGACAUGGGGGCUCCGUGUGAGCAGCGCUGCUUUAAUUCCUAUGGGACCUUCCUGUGUCGCUGCCACCAGGGCUAUGAGCUGCAUCGGGAUGGCUUCUCCUGCAAUGAUAUUGACGAGUGCAGCUACUCUAGUUAUCUCUGCCAGUACCGCUGCGUCAAUGAACCUGGCCGCUUCUCCUGCCAUUGCCCGCAGGGCUACCAGCUUCUGGCCACGCGCCUCUGCCAAGACAUUGAUGAGUGCGAGUUGGGCACGCACCAGUGCUCUGAGGCCCAAACCUGUGUCAACUUCCAUGGGGGCUACCGCUGCGUGGACACCAACCGCUGCGUGGAGCCCUACGUCCAGGUGUCGGACAAUCGCUGCCUCUGUCCGGCCUCCAACCCCCUGUGCCGGGAGCAGCCCUCGUCCAUCGUCCACCGCUACAUGAGCAUCACCUCGGAGCGCAGUGUGCCCGCCGAUGUGUUCCAGAUCCAAGCGACCUCGGUCUACCCUGGCGCCUACAAUGCCUUUCAGAUCCGUGCGGGAAACUCGCAGGGGGACUUCUACAUUAGGCAAAUCAACAAUGUCAGCGCCAUGCUGGUCCUCGCCCGGCCUGUGACGGGCCCCCGGGAGUACGUGCUGGACCUGGAGAUGGUCACCAUGAACUCCCUCAUGAGCUACCGGGCCAGCUCUGUACUGAGACUCACCGUCUUCGUGGGGGCCUACACUUUCUGAGGUGUGGGUGGGGAGCCCUCAGGGAGGGAGAGGUUUCCUGUAGCCGAAGAGCCUGGGGCUCAGGGAUAACUGUGUUCUGAUAAGAGGAAAGAUGCUGUUGUGAAGAGUAGAAAGAGAAAGGCAAUAAAGGGAGAAAGAAGGAGUCCUGGUGGCUGAGGGGGAUGGGUAACAUCUAGGGCACCCCAGACUGGGGAAGGGGCCAGGUUGUGGGAGGAGGGCUGCCCAAAGGGGGGUGUCUCUAUUCAGGCUGAGGGGGCCCCAUGGAUAGGAACUGGGAAUUGCAUCCCAAAGCCGGGAUUGGUCUCCAUACCAUGCACAUGAGACUCGUUCUGAGAAGGCGGGAGGUAGUAAGGCGGCAGACGCCGGGCCUGACUGGUCUGCAGGGGGCCUGGGAAGCCCCACUGUAGACCAUGGGAACCUUGGGUUUCAAUCCCAACUUGGCCUCAGACUAUCAACUUGGCUCAACCCUAGGAGCUUCCUGGGGCCUCCAUUUUCCAAUCCAUAAAAUGAGGCAAUUAGA